AUGAAAACCGAAGAGCACGUGGUGCCAUCAAGACCAAAUCUCAGUUCUUCAUUUGAAGUUUCUGAUGAUGAUGAUGAUGAUGAUGAGAGUGAUAGUGAUGCCGAUGGUAUGGAUUUUCGUAUGUUUGUGCCGACGAAGGAGCCAGUGAAUGUGGCUGUGAUUUCUCCAGCUGAGACAGAAAAGGAAAUGAAGAUUUUUAAGAAACAAAACGACCCUAUGCCCGAACAGAUGGAAAUUCUUAUUGACAAAUUACAGUCAACUACAAGGAAUCCUCUCCAAGCAGUUUCUGUUACUUCUGAGUCUCCAUCUGGGAGUGAUAAAGACAAUUCAAAAGCCUCUCUGCUGCCACGAAAGCAAAAACAUAGAGAUCCAAGGUCGAGAGUACUUUUUUACUAA